CAUGCCGUCUGGACGAGGCCGGCCGCGACUGCCUGGGAAUGAGGACCUCCCGGCCAAAAAGAAGGCCACAGGUCUUCAACGGAAGCGACUCACGUACGAAGAAAAGCUCCGUGUGAUCGAGUUUCAUGCAGAGAAUGGAAUGCCUCGCACGAUGGACCAUUUCUACCCGAACGUUGUUGGACUGGCGAGGGAAUCUGCGCGGAAGAACGUACACACGUGGAUCGCCACGAGAAAGACGAUUGAAGCCCGCGCGUUGGAUCCUUCUCGUGCAUCCCAUCGAUGCACGCGGCCGCAUGGAGUGAGCAGCACGCUUGGAGUAGAAAGCGAAGACCGGUUGGUGCGCUGGAUCUGCGAUUUGCGCUCAAACGGCGUGCCGGUGACUCACAGCAUGCUCCGUGAGAAAGCUUUGGAAGAAGCGAAGGCGAAGGGACUCAGUACUGACGUGUUCAAGGCUAGCGAGUCGUGGAUUGGAAGCUUCAAGAGGCGCCACGCCAUGGAUCGUGACGAUUACCGUCAACCCGACGAAGAGAAUGACGAUGACGUUGGGUAACAACGACUGACUUGAAAUGACACUGGCGUCAAUGUAUUGCGUACAAGUUGGAGCAGUAUACCCCGACUCUCUGCGGCGGAAUGUUGAGCCUUUGGACACAGUAGCGGCAGCUGAGAUACCGCGCUUCGUCCUUCGAUGCAGACAAAGACUGGUCACGUACCGCAAUGAGUUUGGGAA